AUGCAUUUCUCUACAGCUGUUUUGAGCACCAUCCUUGCGACGGCAUGCGCUCAUGAUGUCCACGAACGUGAUUUGCCGCCGCCAGUCGCUGUCAAUGACAUGAGCUACACCAGCUGUGCGAACGCAGCAUGGCCUCCGUCUACCGUCGGCACUGAGCUUGUGCCACAGAAGCCUGACGACGAUCUCAAGGCGAUGCUAGACGAGCUCAGCCCUGAGAACAUUGAGAACACCAUCACCAAGUUGGUGUCCUUUGGCACCCGCCACACUCUCAGUACACAAAACAGCACCACACGCGGCAUCGGUGCAGCAAGAGACUGGAUCGCAUCAGAGAUGAGAAAGUACGCCAACGAAAGCUCAGGUCGCAUGACCGUCACGGUCCCCAGCUACACCCAAGGCGUAGCCUCCCGGAUCCCCUUCCCUGUCAAGAUCUCCAACAUCCUAGCAACAAUCAAAGGCAGUGAAACUCCUGACAAAGUGUACAUCAUGACUGGCCACUACGACAGCCGCGUCACCGACGUCCUGAACUACGAAGCCGACGCCCCCGGCGCCAACGAUGACGCAUCAGGCGUAGCCAUUGCCAUGGAACUCGCGCGCAUCCUUGCUACCCGUCAGCCACGUUCGACCAUCAUCCUCGGUGCCGUUGCUGGCGAGGAGCAGAACCUCUACGGCAGCACUUUCUUCGCCAACACGCUUCGCAAUGCGUCUGUUAACGUUGAGGGCAUGUUGAACUGUGACAUUGUUGGUUCAUCAACCGGUGAUCGCGGACAGAAAGAUCCCUUCACAAUUCGCGCCUUUGCACAAGGCCCUCCAAGCUAUGAAAACGCAACAGUUGCAGCCCGCCGCCUGCAAAUCGGUGGCGAGAACGACAGCCCAGCGCGUGAGCUGGCGCGCUUCUCUGCUGAAGUAGCCGCCAACUCAGCAACGGGCAUGAACGUUGCCAUCAUCUACCGAUUAGACCGCUUCCUGCGCGGAGGCGACCAUUCGCCCUUCCUUGCAGCAGGAUACCCUGCGAUUCGAUACACCGAGCCGAAUGAGAACUUUGCGCACCAGCACCAGGACGUGCGCACCGAGAACGGCACUGUGUACGGAGACUUGAUUGAAUUCGUCGACUUCGACUUCACUGCACGCGUUGGCAAGGUAAAUUUGGCUACGCUAUGGAGCAUGAGCGAGGCACCGGGUUGGCCACGCAACCUCACUGUGGAUACUACUGUGCUCGACAACGACACCAGGCUCAAGUGGAUUGUGAGUGACGAUCCAAACGUAAAGUCGUAUGAGGUCGUAUGGAGGCCGGUCAUUGCGCCGUUGUGGACGCACAUGUUGGACGUUGGGAAGGUGGGAAGCAUCGUUCUCCCGCUCAGCAAGGACAACGUGAUCUUCGGCGUCCGCGCUGUGGGUAAGAACGGGUACAAAAGCCCUGCCACAUACCCUUUCCCCGGGUGA